UCUGGAGCGGGAAGUAGCCUGUAGCGCCGCCGUGUGUAGGCCCGGAUUGGAGCCGGCUGCUGGCUUUUACUCUACUGCCGGUACCUUCCCGCAGCACACGUGUUAGCGGUGGGCUGCAGCCGGCAAGAUGAGCAGCCGGGUGUGUAAGAACUGUGGCUGUACGGACAUAGAUGUAGACGCGGCCAGGGGAGAUGCGGUGUGUACGGGCUGCGGGUCGGUGCUGGAGGAUAACAUUAUCGUGUCUGAGGUGCAGUUCGUGGAGAGCGCAGGAGGAGGCUCCUCAGCGGUGGGACAGUUCGUGUCUUCAGAGUGUACUGGUAAAACCCCAUCGCUUGGUACUGGAUUUCAUACAAAUUUGGGAAAGGAAUCUCGUGCCCAGACGCUUCAAAACGGAAAGAGACAGAUCCACAAUUUAGGGGUACAGCUGCAACUCAACAAGCACUGCCUGGACACUGCCUUCAAUUUCUUCAAAAUGGCUGUCAGCAAGCACCUCACUCGCGGUAGGAAGAUGACGCACGUUAUAGCUGCCUGCCUUUACUUGGUCUGUAGGACAGAAGGAACUCCACAUAUGUUACUUGAUCUCAGCGACCUUCUUCAGGUGAACGUGUAUGUCCUGGGGAAAACCUUUCUUCUGCUGGCCAGAGAACUCUGCAUUAAUGCUCCGGCUAUAGAUCCCUGCCUGUACAUUCCACGUUUUGCACACAUGCUGGAGUUUGGUGAUAAGAAUCAUGAAGUUUCCAUGACUGCACUGAGACUGGUCCAGAGAAUGAAGAGGGAUUGGAUGCACACUGGUCGGCGACCGUCUGGGCUCUGUGGUGCCGCUCUUCUGGUUGCAUCCAGGAUGCAUGAUUUCCGACGCACCAUUAAAGAAGUCAUACGAGUGGUGAAAGUUUGUGAAUCGACACUGCGGAAGAGGCUAACCGAAUUUGAAGACACCCCAACGAGCCAGUUAACAAUAGAUGAAUUUAUGAAGGUUGAUUUGGACCAAGAAUGCGACCCUCCUUCCUUCACUGCAGGUCAGAGGAAGCAGCGACUACAACAGCUCCAACAAGAUCUGGCCAAAAAGCUGGAUGACGUGGAAGGAGAAAUUACAACCUACCAGGAUGAAAUUGAGAACGAGUUAGACAACAGUAGGCCGAAAGCAAGAGGAAUGUACGCUUCUUACAGUAAUGAAGAUAUGGAAGACACACCAAGCAUUUUGGAAGAUGAUCAGGAGGAUGAGGAACUGGAAGCAGCAGCCAGUCAUCUAAAUAAAGAUUUUUACAAUGAAAUGUCAGAGAAGGCUCAAUCACAUUGUUACAGCCCUACAAUAAAACCACUUCCUAUAGAAUCUCUUCUGGGACCACUGCCUACUGCUGCAAGCUUGGGGAUCACAGACUCUAUCAAGGAAUGUAUAGAUACUAAGGAACAAGAGAAAUGUGACAAUGCAGAAGACGGAGAGCUGGACCUUAAUGGGAUUGAUGACAAUGAAAUAGACAGGUAUAUUCUCAAUGAGAAAGAAUCUGAGAUCAAGACAGAACUGUGGAUGAGGGAGAAUGCAGAGUACCUGCGGGAACAGAAGGAGAAGGAGGAGAGAAUCGCUAAAGAAAAAGAGCUUGGCAUUUAUAAGGAGCAGAAGCCAAAGAAGCCUUCUAAACGCAGAGCUCCUAUCCAUGCCAGCACAGCCGGGGAAGCCAUUGAGAAAAUGCUGGAACAGAAGAAAAUCUCCAGCAAGAUUAACUACGAUGUGCUGAGAGACCUCAACAGCAAGGGGGGCAGCACUCCGAAACAGGAGAAGACCGAGCAAGAUGUCGGCAUCACAGAAAGCAAGCUCUCCCACCGGAAAUCAGCAGCCAAUAGAAACCUUACCAUGUCCCUUAACAACACAAACAAAAGAAUGAGGCCGCUAGUUUCUAUGCAACCAGCUAAGAAGGCAGCAACGGAGCAGGUAACUGUCAGAUUGCAUUUUGCUACCAGAAAGGUCAUUGUAAGUUGCAGCUACACAACAAAAGACAGUCAUGACUUGUUUAUGAAAUCCUCCCGGACGUCUGUUUACAGUUAGCGGGACAUAGAUUGU